AUGAAGCCUGCGCCCGGCUUUCCCCAGCAUUAUGUUCGCGUGGUCCGGCUGCUCCUGUUCGUCACCGCUGUGGCCGGACCGGGCUGCCGAGCAGCGUUCGCGUCCAACCCAAUUUUCGUCAAUAGCAUAGUUCCUCUGAUAAGCAACCUGAGUGUCAGUUUACCGAUACACAGCGAUAACCAGGACCACCAACAACAGCAGCAGCAAGUGCCUUCCGUGGCGAUAGCAUCGCCUUCACCUUCAGCGUCAUCGACAACGAAAACGGCAACCUCGACCACGGCGUCGCAAACGACGUUAAAUUUCACACCUAGCGAUCGUGGGAAUCUGACAGCUGCGGCCACCGGCGAGUCUGGCAUCCAGGAUCUGGCCAGAUUGCUGGAGUCUACAUUCGAACAUAUCCGCAGCGAGGAGCUCGACGUUACGGGCGUACAGAAACUGUACGACAGUAUGAAGAUCGGUGUCAAUGUCUACGACGACGUCGAGCUGGUGGAAAAGAUUGCCGCCAAGCUGUCCCGCAAACUGGAUCAAACGGUGUCGGCGGUCGAGAAGCUUCGCCGAUACAUUCAUCAGAGUGCGGCCAACUACAGUACACUGCUAAAUCCCUGCCCGUACAGCGAACUCCUCAACCCUUGGGAGGACGAAGCACCGUUCGAUCUGCAGAGCUUCAUCCAAAGCACGAAGCUCACCAAUGCAUCGUUCAGCAAACACUUCUCCCUUUCCGGCGAUCCGUCACUGGGCACGGCGUCCUCCGCCAGCGGUGCAUUUCUCGAUUUCAGUGCCUUUCCGGCGAAUGCCGACGGAUCGGACCGUCCUCGGAUACGCGUCACCGAUCAGACGCUCGACGAUAACAACGCCAACCUGCAGCAGCGGUUCGCCGAACAGGCAGCUCUGCUAGAGGAGAGCAACGUGCACGUCCGCCAGCAGUUUUUCCUCUCCACACUUGAUCACGCCAGUGCCUACAAGUGUCACUACUACCCGCGAGACGGGCGCCUGAAGUCGCUGCUGCUGUCGAGUGUCCGCAACAAGCACGUUUUCAUCCUGCUCGAUAUCGGCAGCACGAUCACCUACGAUCAGCUCGAGGUAGCCAAAGCGAUCAGCAAGUUUGUGCUGUACUUGCUGAACGAAAACGAUCGUAUCGCAAUCGUUGCGAUCGGCCAGCGAACGUUUGCACCCGGUGAUGGCGAUUUUCCGGGCGAGUGUCCGCCCUCGCAACGAUUCCUCCGGGUGACGGCCGACGAAAGGGAACGGUUGGUGGAGUUUAUCGAUUCGCUCAAUCGAACCAAGGGACCGACGAACCAUUCGGCAGGCUUCCAGCAGGCUUUCGCCGCGUUUGACGAGCUUUACGAUUCGCACGCUGAAGAAGUACCGAUCGUGUUUCUGUACCUUGGGCGCGCCUUGCUGCCCGUUGGUUCGCCCGGUGCUGCAAACAUCCUUCGGACGAUAUUCCAAGGCCAAAUACCCCUGCCCUAUCCGGUGAUCAUCAACAGCUGUCUGAUUCUGCUGGAUGAGCGCGAAGUGCAGCAAGAGAAGCAACUGAUCGCGGACAUUAGCACGCAGAACUAUCGCCGCUACAAUCUUUCCCACGUCGACUAUCCGCCCGGUAAGAUGGUGAUGAUUGCGAAGCAUUCGUUCGAUGCGCAGCGCUUCAUUGUGGCGCUGAUGGAACCGUUCCUUAACAACGGUGGCUUCAUCGAGGAGCAUCUGCGAGUGCACUUGCCGUAUUACGAUCAAUCGCUACACGAAACCCUGGUAACGCUCAGCUACCCGGUCGGUGUACACGGACUGGUUGGUGCCGAUCUCUAUCUGAGCGAUCUCGCCGAGGAUGUAGCGUACUUCCGGCGUCGCGUGCAGCCGAACGACGAGUCGUAUGCCUUUCUGAUCGAUCUGCAGGGCAACACGAUCAUGCAUCCUUCGUACCCGCGACCGCUAGCAACUCGCUCACAUCCUACCUACGUGACCAACAUAGUUCGCCUCGAGCGCGAUUACUUCGCCCCGGCCUUUAAGCGUAUGAUGGCUGACCCGGAAGGUAAUCUGCGAAUCAACCAUUACGGCACGAACCGCACCACGGUUUACUACUGGAAGCGGGUUCGAUUCUAUAUCGUUUGCCUCGUACGUUCCACAAUCGACAUGGUGGGUGAAGCCGCUGCGGAAAGUACAUCCGUAACGCGUCGAUUAUUUGACGCUGGACCACAGGUUCGCUAUCUGCACCAACUGACUUCCACCGCGGUUUUGACGGGGCGGAGUAGCGUGGAGUACAAUUUCAUCGCCUCCGGAAGUGCGGCCACCACACGAAGCCUACUGGCGGCGUUACUGUACCAUCGGAUCGACAUUUUCCCUCCUCACCACCAGCAGUCGACGAUAAGCGGCAGUGGCAACAGUGGAUUGACGGUGUGUCGGUUGGUGAAGCAGCUGGCACUCCCGGACGCUAGCACACUCUUUCUAAGUGCCUCCUCGUUCCGUUCACCGUUUGCUCACAUCCGCAACAAUCGCGACGGAAUGUCGAAGAGCGAAGAAGACAACGUGCGUUCGAUACAGAACAUCAUGGCGUACUUGCGGGAUGCGUACGGAAAGCUGCUGUUUGCCAAUCCGGGCCUUCAGCCGGAUGUACGGGGUGACGUGCUGGCGCUGGUGCAAAUACUGUUCGACUACCGGAUGCGGCACGAACACAGUAAUCUCAGCAGUUACGUCGUGAGACGGUACGCGGCCACCGUAAACGGUGUGCUGCAAACGUUCCCGGGUGGACUGCUCGAUAGCGAGCUCGAACCGACGAAACGGCCGUGGUUCGUGAAGGCGAUGGAAUAUCCAGGCCGGUUGGUCGUCACACGACCCUACCUCGAUGCCGGUGGUGCAGGCUACGUGGUCAGUGUAGCUUACACGAUCUUCGACGGUUCCUACAAGCCGGCUACCGGCGCUACUACCGAUCGAAGUGCGAUCGCCGUCGUUGCGAUGGACUUUACGCAAGGCUUUUUCUACAAACUGCUGCUCGAAUCAGCAUCCGUUUGCGGGGUAGAGAACAUCAAGUGUUUCCUGAUGGACGAUCAGGGCUACCUGGUGGCGCACCCGAUGCUAACCGAAAUGCCCGGUAAGGCGGGCAGCGUUCGACGCGCUGCAGUUGAGCACAUUACGCACAAAGAGUCGCAGGUGGCGAACGACAUUCUCAACCACAAGCAGCUCGUGACGAAGAAAAUGUGCUACAAUUACGUCAACCGCACCGUGCAGCGAUUCUAUCAGUUUAACAUGAGCCUAGUCCCGGGCGAAAUCGUGACCAACCUCAUGUACGGAGAGAAAACCAAGUACCAGAUCACGCUUAUCCCGGGAACCAAUCUCUUUCUCGGCGUUGUCAACUCCACCAACGACGGUGGCGCCUUCUGUCCGUGUAGUACCGUGGGCAAUUCGUGCUUGAACUGCAAUCGCAUGGAACAAACCGAGUGCGAGUGUCCGUGCGAAUGCCCGCUCGAUUAUGACGAUGGGUCGGAUGUGGCUAGUGGUUGCGGUGGGCGUUCAAAGCGACCCAAAGCAAGCGGAGGCAACCUUCUCCCGACACCGCUCUGUUCACCGCUGCCCGAAGAACUGCUUUCGAUGAGUGCGAUCAACUACGAGCCGGACUAUGAGGUUAAGAGCUGCAGUAACAUCAACUGUGAAGAUUCCACAACGCAGGGUGAUUGUUUAGGUUUGGUCGGUUGCGAGUGGUGCCAGGUGGACGUAGAUGGCGAGAAUCCACUAACCACCCCAUUCUGCACCGCACAGCUUGCGUGCUUUGGUGGUGUGUUUGGUUCCUCCACUCCAUACGGCGAUGCCGCCUACACGGGCAGCAACAUGGAGUCGAUGCUGCCGCCGGCCUACAGCUCGAUUGGUCCCGUCGCUGGUGCCAUCCUUGCCCUGUGCCUCGUGGUCGGCUUCGCGAUGUACUGCUUCCGACAGAACGCUGACCAGAGUGGUGCCUCCGAGCAGCUGUACGACGAUCUGGUGGCCGAUCAUUGUCACGGUUUGCCACUAUCCCGAUUCGACCUCGAUGACGGUAGCCCGUCGGAUGAUUGUGAUGCGGGACGCACGAACGCCAAACAAAAUUUGCUGCUGAACGGACAGCAGAACGCAAACUACAUGAUCAUACCCAAUGUCGCCUCGCCGUACCAGAUGUCGUCGGACUAUCGGCGACCGGCGACGGGCGGUGGCGGAGGUAGCUCGUCCGAUCACGGUUACUCCACCAUGACGCAUCACGAAGAAUCGGAGCAUCUGUGUCUCGCCGGGGUCGGUGAUUCCCACGUCGGUGCCCCAACCGCCUCCAAUGGGAGCGGUACCAAGCGGCUAUCGAUGUCGGACAGUGCUUCGAUCAGCACGUCCGUUUCUAGCCCCUACAGCAACCACACGGGAGGAACGGGCGGUUCGUUCCUCUCCAAACCACCGAUGCUCAGCUGCGAAAUGAAAGGUUUCCCAGCCGCGACUGGAUUUGCCGUGGAUCCGAUUACACAAACGGUGCUGCCAUCACCGACGUCCAUUUCGCGGACAGGAGUUUUCGGGGCCACGGUGCUAACUGCCGCCGGUACACCCAUUACCAACUCAACACCCACCAGUGGCCACCAUAUCCUCGUCCCCGUGACCGUCCAUCGAAACAUGGAAGUAUCUUAAACCACCUCUCGUCGUAUACCCCUUCGGAAGGCCUAUGUAUAGUUCAAACCUCAAUUUUGCCAAAUUUCGUUGGGCAAAAGGGAAAGAAAAGAACCACCAUGUGUGGUGCUGGUUCGUUUGCGGGGUUUGAUUGCAUGAAACGAUAGUUGUUCCAAUAUUAUAUGGCAUUCUUGUGCUUCCUGAUUCGCUUCACUAACGAUUACCUCCACAUCACAAGCCGAAGAGAUUUCUCGCACCACGUAACAUCGAUGCAAUCCAUCGGUGAUUCCAAACGUGUGAACAAACGCUUGCCUCUAGGAAUUAAGAAAGAACUGUGGGUGCAUCAUAACAUCGCACGUAUUGCUUUUUUACGUGUGAAACGAAUCAUAACAAAUAGCUUAAAUUAAGAAGAAUGUCUUAACGAUUGCAACUCGAUUUGACGAGGCCUGUUUCGCUUGCAUUUGUUUUUACAAAAAUCCAGAAACUCGCAUCAUUUGAAGGGGAGAACUAGAGCGCGACAACGAAAAUGAAUGAUUCUGUGUCAACCUAAUUUAAUGUAAACCUUGCGAUCCUCACGGGCGCGACCGGGGGUCGUGCGGUUAUUCGCCAGAGAAUCGCGGUAAAUGUGCUUCCCAGCUCCAGAUUGUGCAGCUUUUAUAUGAUAGCGGCUGGCAAUGUCUCCUCUCCAGUACUGUACAGACGCCGCAGCGCGUUACGCCAGAAAAUAUAUAGACUUUUGUUUUUAACAUGUGUGCAAGUCGACCGAACAAAAGAGAUUACCUCCCGAUAGGUUUUCCCCCUCUUAUUAUGCUUGCAGAACUUUGUAAAAUGUUGACGGAGUAUUGGGAGAAAAUAACUUUUACAGAA